GGACUACUGUAGUCGCUGGACAAGAGCAAUCGCGAGUCGUGACGACUCCCCCAAGACGAAGACGAGACAAGGGGUAGGAAGGAAGGAAGGAAGGGGAUCGCCAUGGCGUCGUCGCCGCAGCAGCAAGGCCAAGGCCAAGGCGGCCAGGGCUCCGGCGGCGGUUGGUCUCCUGAGCAGUUCUGGUCGCUGCUGGACAAGGCGGACCGCCGCUUCGCCCGCGUGCGCGACCUCCCCCUCCUCGGCCGCCAGGAGCCCGACGCGUUCGCCAAGGCCUUCCGCAUCUACACCCAGCUCUGGCGCAUGCAGCAGGAGCACCGCAACCGCCUCCUCGACGCCGGCCUCCGCCGCUGGCAGGUCGGCGAGAUCGCCGCCCGCAUCGCCCACCUCUACUACGCCCAGUACCAGCGCACCGCCGACACCGCCCUCCUCUCCGAGGCAUUCGUCUUCUACCACGCCGUCCUCGACCGCGCCUACUUCCUCGACGCCGACCACCACCUCGCCCCCGCUAAGCACCUCCGCUUCCUCGCCAGGUUCCUCCUCGUCGCACUCCUCCUCGCCAGGCGCGCCCACACUGUCCCGCGCCUCGCCGCCGACAUCCGCGCGCUCCUCGACGACUCUAAAAAGGUCCUCCAGGAAGCCGAAUACAAGGAGUGGAAGCAUGUCGUGCAAGAGAUCGCGAGGUUUCUGCGAGCUGACUCCCCCUUUAUGAACAUGAGGCCACUCAGGUACAGCUACGCAUUCGAUCCUCCUCCGGACACUCUUCCUACUGUACCAUCUACCAUCAAGAAGCGAGGUCUCGUCUUGAGUGAUGCCAUACUAUGCAGCUACUAUCAUAAUGAGGUCAAAUUUACAGAUGUCACCAUAGAUGUAUUCAGAAUGUUUCAAUGCCUUGAAUGGGAACCAUGUGGUUCUUUUGCGCUGAACACUGGUUACAGUACCCAUGACGAAAGCGGGCAAAAUCAUACCAAUCUCCUAAAAGAUCUGAGAGAUGCCGCGCUGCCUCCAAAUCCACUUAAGACAAUUCUAUAUCGCCCUUUGGUGACACAUUUCCUAACGGUCCUUGCCACCAAAUGUGAGGAGCUUCCGUCGAAUGGGAUGAUGUUAAUAUAUCUUUCAGCUGCAGGUGAGGUGGGAACUUCUGGAUUUUGUCCUGAUACAGGCGAGAAGGUUGUGAGCAACUUUAGUAAGUUUGAUAUAUCCAAUACUAGCCGUACAAGUUCAAAGGAAGACAAUGAACCUGGCCUUUGGUUAGGCUGCCGUGAAACUGAAGGUUCAAACUGCAUAUACCCUUGUGAUCUAAUCCCAUUUACAAGAAGACCCCUCUUUUUGGUGGUUGACAGUAGCGUCAGCUAUGCAUUCAAGUCUAUUCAUGGGGCUGAAAGGGGGGAGACAGCUGCCAUGUUACUUUCGCCAAGUUCUCGAUCUUCCGCGACAGGAUUCAGUGGCGAUUCUAGUCGGCAUAGUGGUAGUCAAUUUACUAUGUUCCUCACAGCUCCAUUGCAAGCUUUCUGCUUUCUGAUCGGCAACAAUGGGAUGGAUAUUGACAGGGACGCUUAUAACAAAGCUGAGGAGUUACUGUCAUUGUCCUUAAAUGAAUGGGCCAAGACUUUGGUUGCAUCAUCUUCACUUCAUCCUGUUUGGGUUGAAGUUUUGGGCGAUCCACUCCUGAGACGGCUGCUUCUCAGGUUUAUCUUCUGCCGAGCAGCCCAUUCACUGUUCAAACCAACAAACCAUAAGGCGGAAUUCCUCCCGACCUGCAUGCCUCCUUUGCCAGAGUCAGUUGACCCAGAGAGCAUGGUCUCCCAAAGUUGCGUUAUGCGACUCGCAUCAUUCUUCGGUGCUGGCAGCCAGUUUUCAUUUGCUGAAUUAACCACAUGGCCCGAUGCCGACGCUGAGGAGUCUCCUGUCGCCAAUCCCUCUAGCGGCGCCAACAAAGGCGUGCCUGAGACGGCUAGAGAUUCAGACGUGACAUAUUCGUCUACUUCAUCUUUCUGAUGGACGAUUAGACGCCCAUGGCACUACCUGAUGCGUAGCUAAUUGUUGCUCUGGAUCGGGCCUGCUCCUCCGCUUGUGUUAUUUUAUACUCAUCUGCAGAUGGAUGCAGAUCCAUUCUGUAAUUACCAGUGAUCCUUCAUGCCUGAUACUAUACAUCAUGCAGAAGUAGGGACUAUUUUUUCUUAAUGGAUUUGUUAGUCACUGCCACACUAGAUCAUUUUGUUUUUUCUUACUGAGUUUGGAAACAUGGAAGAGUUGUAUGAGAAGAUUGGAAGUUUGUAUGGUUGAAAAGUUGUUUGUA